GGUAACUUCAGGUAACUUCCUCAGCGUGUCUGUAUGUUUAUAGGAAAGGAGAGAAGCCGACAGGUUUUCUAAAUGAGGAUGAAAAGCCCCCUGCUCCAGCCUCCUUGCCCUAUUGCUGAUGACGGUGCAGAUGACAGUUUCUUUGCAGAAGAUCCCCCUGAUUUUGCAGACCUUGAAGGAACUGAGCUAAGCGACCUCGAAGGCACUUUUAUACAGGUGGAAGAGAAGAUCGCUGAAGACGCUGAAGCCGAGGUUGAAGGGCCAAGUCAAUACCCAACCGUUAGCAUCAAGGACGUGGACAACCCAGAUGAUGCUCUCGAGAGUGAAGACGGGUGCUUGCUGGUGCCAACCCUGAGCGCCAAUCACACACUGAUGGUGCCUGGUGCGGUGGCAGCCUCCCCAAGGAGGAAGCUGCAGGCCCCAGAAGACAGCCUGGAAGAGGAGCUUCUGGCCUUAACAAGCCAAUCUCCUGUGAGAAGCCUGCCUGAACGCAUUGGUUCAGCCACAAGCCAGAACAGCGCAGUCAUCAACGACCGACUCCAGGAGCUGGUGAAGCUCUUUAAAGAGAGGACUGAAAAGGUGAAAGAAAAGCUAACAGACCCUGAUGUCACAUCUGACGAUGAGACCCCUGUGGCAUCCCCUUCCAAGCAAGCCCCUGCGGAAGCACCACCGCCUCCCCCGGGAAAGGAGCCAGAGGCAGCCAAGGUGGCAGAGGAUGAGCAUUACUGCGAGAUGCUGUGCUGCACAUUCAAGUGUCGGCCCUGGCUGGACCGUGUGAGAAACUACCAGUUCCCAAGCAGCAUAGACCCACUAACCAACCUGAUGUACGUGCUGUGGCUGUUCUUCGUUGUUCUGGCCUGGAACUGGAACUGCUGGCUGAUUCCUGUCCGCUGGGCCUUUUCCUACCAGACAAACAUCCACUACUGGCUGCUCGUGGACUAUCUCUGUGACCUCAUCUACCUCCUGGACAUUGUCGUCUUUCAGAUCCGUCUCCAGUUUGUCCGAGGAGGAGACAUAAUAAGUGAUAAAAAGGCCAUGAAAGAGAACUACCUGAAAUCACAGCGCUUUAAGAUGGAUAUGAUGUGCCUCCUUCCUCUGGAUUUCUUCUACUUCAAAGUUGGGGUCAAUCCGCUCCUACGUUUCCCUCGCUGUUUGAAGUACAUGGCCUUCUUUGAGUUUAAUAACCGCCUUGAGGCUAUCUUGAGCAAGGCAUACAUCUACAGAGUGAUUCGGACCACUGCCUAUUUACUCUACAGCUUGCAUGUGAACUCCUGCCUCUAUUACUGGGCAUCAGCGUACGAAGGACUGGGCUCUACCACCUGGGUCUAUGAUGGGGAAGGAAAUAGUUACAUCCGCUGUUAUUACUGGGCAGUCAAAACCCUCAUCACCAUCGGAGGAUUGCCGGACCCCAAGACGCUGUUUGAGAUCGUCUUCCAGCUGCUGAACUAUUUCACGGGUGUCUUUGCUUUCUCUGUCAUGAUAGGCCAGAUGAGAGAUGUGGUUGGCGCCGCUACUGCAGGGCAAACUUAUUAUCGGAGCUGCAUGGACAGUACUAUUAAAUACAUGAACUUCUACAAAAUCCCCAGAGCUGUUCAGAACCGGGUCAAAACGUGGUACGAGUACACGUGGCAUUCCCAAGGCAUGCUAGAUGAGUCAGAGCUGUUGGUGCAGCUGCCAGACAAGAUGAGGCUGGAUAUUGCGAUUGAUGUGAACUACAACAUCGUGAGCAAAGUGGCACUUUUCCAGGGCUGUGACAGGCAGAUGAUCUUUGACAUGCUGAAGCGGCUCAGGUCGGUUGUCUACCUACCUAACGACUACGUGUGUAAGAAGGGAGAAAUCGGUCGCGAGAUGUACAUCAUCCAGGCAGGCCAAGUGCAGGUGCUCGGAGGACCUGAUGGCAAAACCGUGCUGGUAACUCUGAAAGCUGGAUCCGUGUUUGGAGAAAUAAGCUUGCUGGCAGCAGGAGGAGGAAAUCGCCGAACAGCAAACGUCGUAGCUCACGGAUUUGCUAAUCUUUUCAUUUUGGAUAAGAAGGACUUGAACGAAAUUUUGGUGCAUUAUCCAGAGUCUCAAAAGUUGCUGCGUAGAAAAGCUAAGAAAAUGCUGAAAAACAACAAUAAACCCAAAGAUGAGAAAGGAGUGCCGGGUGACUCACUGAUCAUUCCCCCGAAACCUGACACGCCGAAACUCUUCCAGGCCGCCCUGGCUGCUGCAGGGAAGAUGGGAGGCAAAGGGAAGUUCGCUCACCUCCGGUGGAAACUCAAGGAGCUCAAAGCAAUGCAGGCCAUGCAGGAUUCCAGUUUCAGUCCAACACCACCAAAAUCACCAGUACACCGGCGAUCCCCCACAGCCUCCCCCAAAGCAGACCCUCCAAAGGGGGAAGAAAUCAUCGCAACAUCUUCAGACAAUUUAGUCGCUAUUCGUGUGAUUUCUGCCCCACAAGAGGAUGAGGAGAUACUUUCUGCUGAGAUUUCAGAGAUAGAAGAAGGGAAAUGAAAAAAUAUUAAAUUCCAGGGCCAGUGCCACGAGCAGAAGUCAGACAAAUAGACGCUUUUACUCAUUAACAAUUUCUGUGAACCAGCUAUAGGCUUUGCUAACUAAGUGAUGUCGAUAGGCUCUGCCUUUCUUUUCUACUUAGACCUUCACCCACUGUUGAUAAAACCCUUCGCCAUAUCACCUAGAACUACAUAAAGCUCCUGCACUCUGGAAAUCAGGUUUUAUUGAGCAUCUUUAUGAGUAUUCCUACUAAAAACCAGGCCAGCCCUCUUGCCUCAAAAACCAGCCUUACAGAGAGGUAGCCCUGAAGAAAUCAUUUUUUACAGCUCUGAGUGGUUAAUGAAUGUCUGUUCAGAUGAAAAAUGAAGAGUUAUUCUCCUUUGAAAUCUGAGUCUUUGCUUAGCCAGAGGUAAACACAAAGGGAAAAAAAAUAAGAUUCCUCUGUUGAACUCAAGCUUGUCACAAACAGUUACCAAGUGAUUCAUCUGGAAAGGAUUUGGGUUAGUCUCACAAGCUGAACAGAGGUCAAAUCAUAGUGUAAGGAAAAAAUCAAAGUCCACCCUGGCAUGCAUAGCCUGCAAGACACAUGAGGAUCCUCUUCUGCCCCACUCAGGAUGCGAUUCCACAUAGGUGUAGCCUAAUUAGAGGAUGCAAAAAUGAGCAAAACUGUAAAAGAUGCCAUCUCUGAGGAAAGAGCGGACAAGAGAAAAAGUAGUACGUUGCGUCAAGAGUAAUUCAGGUUUGCUGUUGGAAAGAGGAGUGAGUGACAGGAUUAGACUGCCAGGGCUGUUGUAGGCUCUCCAUCAUUGGCAGUUUUUAAGGACAGAUUUGACAAACUUCUUUUGGGGAUGACAGAAGUAUAACUGAGCCCGUCUCGGACCAGGAGAUGGCCCCUGGAAAGCCCUUCCGGCCUUGGUUUUCCAUGGUUCUGCCACCACAGAAGAGGAAAACAGAAUUAAGAAGGUGAAAAGCCUUGCUGAUUUCUAGCUGCAACAGAAAAGAGAAGUGAGAUAAGUGUUAUGCUCUCCAAGCCAGUAUUUCACAUUUAGCCCAGAGUCAGCCAUGUGCAAGCAGAGGUGCCGUUGAUCCCACAGUGUGUUGGUCACCACGUGCUUCCCUGUGCGCCCGUGACCUGCCAACCUUUCUGACGGCCAGUUCCCAAGCCCUUCCCGUCGUUUUGUUGGAUCUCAGACACUUUGCCUUCACGAAGCCGCUCUCGCUUUGGACAAUGUCUGUUAUUGUCAGAGAGUGCUCUCAACGCCUCGGUUCCCUGCUUAACGGCGAGACAUGUGGUGCUGGGAGAGAAGAUGAGGGUCCUGGUCUUACACCCCGCACACCGAGCUGCAGGCUCGCGGUGCCUGCUUUCUCCAACGUCACCAAUCUUUCAGCUUCCUUAACCUCGUCGUCACUCUAAGGCAAGCUGCUGAGCAGAGAUGCGAUGACUGCGUGGAAGAGUCAAGCUUCUCAGAUGGAUAAAGUCCAGCCCAGCCUCCCCCUGUCCACUGAAAGCUGCGCUCAUUUACUCCUUCAUCGCUAUUUAUUCUAAUACAAAAAACACAAGUUUUGCUUUCCUGGGAUGAGGAGGCAAACAGGCACUCUUGAUAUGAUGCUUAAUUGGGGGAAGAUGCAAAUCUUGUCCCCUGGGUUUCUGCUUGCCAGGUCUCUGCAGCAUCGCCUGCUCUGUCAAACGAAGCCAGUUUUCCUUCCUUCGGAAGAAAAAAAUGAGGCGCAUUUUGCUGCACGGAGCAGUCCCUGAGACACAGUCAAGGGAAAUUUCGGCCGUUCAGCAAAUACUCAGACAGGUACUGCAGGUUUGGUGAGUCUGCCUACGAAACAGCAGAGCUCAUAAUAAAAGGUAUCACAGUGCAGGUGUCAUCAGCGCAUGUCGUUAUUUGUAACAAUUCUUCUUUUCAUAAAGAACCUUUUUGUUGCUCUCGACCUCAUGAUGGGUUUUUGUGCUUUGCUGUAAUAGCUGCAUUUUUUUUUUCUCACUCUUGCUAAAAAACAUGAGUUCCUGUGGAGGAAAAAGCCAGUAUAUGUGUUAAUGUUAAUUAGCGAUGACUUGGUUUCUUUUAAAUAAAACUUCAGGAAACUCCACUAUGUUACAGGAGGAUCUGAGGCUGCCACUGUCCUUAAGAUUGCAGAGAAAAGCCUGAACUCUGGUAAGAGCAUCAAAACCUCUCUAAAUAUUUCUCAUCCUUAAUCAUUUACAAUUUGUUCCCGGAUGCCCUUCUUGGUGGAAGGUUUUGGUGGGGAGCACCAAGUGUUUUUUCACUGUAUAAAAAUUUAAAUGAUCAAACCAGAAAACGUGUAAAAGUCAAACUGGGAUUCUGAUUUCACACUACCUUUUUAUAUGAUUUGUAAAAAUAGUUUAAAUAAAUAGUACACUUUAAUGGCUUUCACGAUCCAAUGUAUUUACAAUAAACCCCA